UUAAAAGUAUUGGCCCAAAUGUCUGAUCCAGUCCAAUAAGGUAACCGAUCGUGUACCAAAUCUUCGGAUCUACUCCACCAUCUUCCUCUACCGCCCGCUUUUCUCUCCGUACACGCUAUAUUCCUCUCUCCAUUUCCAGCUCCUCCUCUUCCCCUUAGUCGGACGCAGCCUACACGACGCCGUUCGUCUAAUAUCCCGACCAACCGACCGACCGACCGAGAGAUGCAAGGCAUGCUUGGCGGGUUCAGUUGGACCUAGUAUGCUGCUUUUCUUCUGCAUGUUUGUGUUGGUGAUCUGCAACCAUUUUACUCAAUACCCUGGCAACUCUUAAAAUGAAACCAAGUAUCAAUGGGACAUCUAGGGGCAAGAGGUCUGCAGCUUUGCAGGGUGAGGGGUCAAACUGGGUCCUAAUUGCAGGUGGUGCUUUAUUGAGUACUUUGUCAGUUCGCUUGGGCUACAAGCUCAAGCAGAUACUUGAUGCAAAACAACAGAGUGUAACUGGCAACACUUCUAAAGGAAAUGAUAAACCUGCAGAGAGAAGGAAAGCUAGAAAUUGCAAUUUACAGUCUAGCACAUACAAUUUCACCCAAGCUGAUGACAAUUGCUAUAAUUUCCUUUCAGGAACAGGUAACAUGAUGGAUAUGAAACAGCAGUGCGGCGGCCAAGUACUGACAGAAACUGGACUCCAACUUCCUCUAGUCACUGUCCCUUCUUCCCUUGAAUUAAGUAAAGACUUGAAUGGUGGGGCAUGGUCAACCACCACCUCUGACCCUCUUGAGCUGCCACAGAAACCAUUCCACCACUCAAACAGCUCUGAGUCACCAUGUGUCUCUGAAUCCGGGUCUGACAUUUUCAGCAAGCGAGAAGUGAUACAAAAGCUCAGACAACAGUUAAAAAGAAGGGACGAAAUGAUACUUGAGAUGCAGGAACAGAUUGUGGAGCUGCAGGGUUCAUUGACCGCUCAGCUUUCCCAUUCCUCGCAUCUCCAGACUUUGCUGGAUGUUGCCAACAGUGAUCUUUUUGAUGCAGAGAGGGAAAUGCAGAGGUUAAGGAAGGUAAUCGCGGAUCGUUGUGUCAGGCAAGUGGAUUCCUUUGGUCAUUUUGAAGGAGGAAGGAAUGGGUAUGGAAAUGGCCACUUUGUUGAAGCUGAAAGAUAUCUGAUGAAAUCAUCAGAAAAUGGGGGGAGAGGAGGGGAUGGAGAAAGGAUAGAGAUGCUGAAGGUUGAAGUGGCCGAACUGAAGGAAACCAUUGAAAGGAAAGAAUAUCGGCUGCAUAUAUAUGAGGAGCAGAAGGCAGAGCUCUCAGCUCAGGUCAAGCAGUUGCAGCAGAGACUGGAUUCUCAGCUCCCAAGCAUUUUGUAAAAAAUGCACUUGCAUUUGAUCUUGUUUGGCUUCCAUCUCUACGAAUAGAUUUUUGUUUUCCUAGUGUGGCAGGUUGAAAUUCGGUUUCAUUUGUUCAGUUUUUAACCUGUUUGCUUGGCGGGGAAAUGUGAAUAUAUUGGAGAAAAGAUGAAUCAUGUUCUGCAAAGCAAGCUUAAACCCCAAUAUACUAGUAGUAUACUACUCCCUCUAAUAGUGUUUUAAUGAGACGGUACUUUGUUAACUAGGGGCCUUGGGAAAGCAAAUGGAGGGAAAAUAGAGUUAACCAUUGUGACUUGUGAGGAAAGAAUAUAUUUGGAAACAAAAAGAUUUCAUUAUUUGACUCAAACAGUAUGAAUUUAUUGUACACAUUUGUUCAACUUCAAUCAUCUUCUGU